AUGAUGAAUAACAGACAGUCAAAAAACAAUUAUAUUAAACCCACUAUACCUUUGAUUCCGAAUUUAGAGGUUGCAAAAGGAUUUAAAGAUCCAUCGGAAACGAUUAGGAAAAGAAACCAGCAGUCAACAACAAAGAAAUCAAACAAAGCCAUUCCAACACAAGCACAUUCUUCAACAUUGGAUUCCAAAAAGAAUGAUAGUGAUAGCUCAUCAACUGUUGAUGCUGGUGCAAGAAAACGAGUGAAAAAAAUUUUCACUUUCAACUUUUCAAAUCCGAACAACAUUGAAAAUGAAGUAAUAAUAGAAGAACCUAGUGAACAUUUCUCAAACCUCGAGCUCAUUCAUCGAAAAUUAACAAAUCACCAAAUUAAGGAAUGUGUAGCGCCUUAUUCAUUUGUAUCUCUGAACAAGUUAUACCAAGAUUGUGUCACCAAAGACGAGUAUGACACUUAUAAUCUCUAUUCUAAUUGGUGUACAAUAUUUACCAUCAUGGAAGAACUUCCUUCCUUAACUUGCCAAGCCAAAGGAAUUGAAUUUAAUAUUUGGAGAGUCUCAGACAAUUUGAAUGACAUGUGUGCUGUGUUGCUGGUUCCAAUCUCAGAAAAUACCAAUCCAAACAAAAAAGAAAACAUUGAAGAACUUGCUAGAGGCCAAGUGGUCAUCCUGGCAAAUCCCAUAAUAUUGCAAAUUAAUAGAAAAGAAACAGAUACAGAUGUUAAGAACAAAAACUCAACACUCAGUACUGAAUCGAGUCCAGUUGCACUUGUGGCAGAGACAAAAACAACUUCAUUCAAGAUUAUUGGAAAAGCUAAACAUUAUGGAACAUGUGCAUAUGUUCCUAUUGAUUUUAACAAGUAUACAGGAAAUAACUUGAAGCUUUUGAGCAUGUUAAAUGAAAAGAAGAAGAGAAAGCAUAAUGAUGAUGACGAUGUGAACGAAAACAGUCUGGUCUCACAUCAACCACAAAGACCAAUGAAUUCAUCCUCCUCAUCCAAACAACCUCACUCCUUUUGUUCAUGCCCGAUUAAUACGGCUGUGAGCAGAUAUUGCCUCUACCAUUUCAAUAAGAAGAUGAACGAAGUGCAAAAUAGUAGAGUUGAAUGCAAUGGCUCAAACAUAGUGGAUAAAGUAGCAAAUGCGUAUGAAAAACCCACAGUGUACAAUUAUUUUGGAGUUACCUUAUUCAUUGAUCCAACAAGCAAUAUCAAGAAACUGGCAAGAACUCACUCGGAUGAAAAACCAAAAGACCUGCCUGAAAUGACGAAAAAGAAACCAAAACCAAAGGUUGAAGGACAAGUCACAAACGCCAUUGUUGACCACCUGGCAACCAAUUCUAGAAGCGCAAAAUAUUUUGUUGCAGCUAGAUCCGCUUUGAUCAAACAAGACUUACUUUCCAAUGCUAAGACAAAGAAUUUAACUGAUAAACAAAUGAACCUUGUUGCCCGAAAUGCGGUCAUGAAAACGAUGGAAACUGCCCAAGAAAAAUCUCAGCCAAAUAAGAGAAAGGUAGUUGAAAUUGAAAUGUCAGAAAGCGAAUCAGAUGAUGAGAAUUAA